GCGAUGAAUUAUCAUUGUUACACGUGUUCUGAUCCAGCAAAAAAUUUUACGCAUGGAUACACACAGUUGACGUUUGUGUUUGAGGUUAGGUUGCCGGCGCUAGUUCACCCUAUGAAAGACCGACACCGAGAUCCACGACGCAUGCAACACGUCGACAAACUAUAUAGACUGAGAAAAAAUAGUUAGAUAUCGUUCACAAUAGAAAUGAUGGGGCUUCUCUGCAUAACAUCCUCGAUAAUAUCAACACUGAAAGUGUUGCUGUUCAUUGGCGUUGCAACACUUACGAGCAGCCUCAUUGUUUUACCAAUUUUAAUAAUUUACGCCAGAAGACACUUUGCCAAAAAGCGAGCAGGAAGACUGAGAAAAGAAACCGUUGUUGGAUUUUUUCACCCGUAUUGCAAUGCUGGCGGUGGAGGUGAACGAGUCUUAUGGGCUGCCAUCAAGUCUAUUCAAACAAAAUAUCCCAAUGUACACAUAGCUGUAUACACUGGUGACCUGGAUGCCGAAGCAGAGCAGAUUGUGAAAAAGGCUGAGAAGGGAUUCAACAUUCAGUUGAAGCCAGGAAUCGAAUUUAUAUACUUACACAAGAGAAAAUGGGUAGAAGCUUCUCCAUAUCCUUACUUCACGUUGCUAGGACAAAGUCUUGGGUCAGUCUGGUUGGGUCUUGAAGCAUUGAACAGCUUACAGCCAGACAUUUACAUGGACACGAUGGGAUAUGCAUUCACAUAUCCCUUGUUCAAGUAUAUCGGUGGCUGCCAAGUUGGAUGUUACACGCAUUAUCCUACAAUCUCUACAGACAUGUUGAAACAUGUCUAUCGCAGGGUCGUAUCUCACAAUAACAGACGUAUCAUAGCAAGAAAUCCGUUUUUAUCAGCUGCUAAAAUAGCGUAUUAUAAAUUAUUUGCUGCUAUAUAUGGGUUAGCAGGUGGAUGCGCCGAAACUGUAAUGGUGAAUUCUACGUGGACAGAAGAGCACAUUAAUGCAAUAUGGAAUUGUCCUUUCAAGACUCACAGGGUCUAUCCUCCUUGUGAUGUCGAGCAUUUGACGAAACUACCUUUACUUACCAUGGAAGAGAAGAAUGGGAUAAUCAAAAUUGUGUCUGUGGGUCAGUUUAGGCCUGAAAAAGAUCAUCCCUUACAAUUGAGAGCCUUGUAUGAACUCAGGUCUAUCGUCAGUGAAGAAUUAUGGGAAAGGAUUCGUUUGGUAUUCAUUGGAUCAUGUCGCAAUUCUGACGACGAGGCCAGAGUGAAAGACAUGCAAGAUUUAGCAAAGCAUCUGGCACUAGAUGAAAACGUGGAAUUCAAAUUGAAUGUUCCAUAUUCUGAGUUAGUGAGAGAGCUACAAGAAGGCACAAUUGGAAUCCAUGCCAUGUGGAAUGAACACUUUGGUAUCGGAGUAGUUGAGUGUAUGGCUGCUGGACUAAUCAUGGUCGCUCAUGCUUCUGGAGGCCCCAAAGCUGAUAUAAUAGAAACCCAGCGAGGAAGCCAAACUGGUUUCUUAGCGGAGAACGAGAAAGAGUACGCUAAAGUAAUGGCCUAUAUUAUGAGCAUGCACGCAAAGGACAGGGAUCAAAUUAGAACUGCAGCAAGAGCAUCUGUCAAUCGAUUCUCAGGAGAAAAUUUUGAGAAAGAAUUUUUGCGAGCAGUGGAACCUUUUUUCCGAUCAAAACAAGAGUAAAUACUGGUGCACUUAUUUUUUCUGAGAUGAAAUAUCGAUUAAAAUUCAUUACCCUAUUUAUAACUCUACUGUACAUAGUCAAAUAAAGUAUGCAGUGAAUUUUACA